UCUGCCGAGUACGUCGUCGUACCGAGUCAGAGACCGGCUCACCGGAUCCGUCGAGGCGUAGUGUCCCUCAGUCUUCACACGGUCGCCCUCCGGCUCUGGCUCUCCUCCAGGAGUAACGGAUCACCUAGCGUCGUUUCGGGUCCACUUUCCGAAUACUGAUUUACAUUUUUCAAAAUUCCGGUUUUUUCCAAGUGUCGCUCCCACUUCGCCUACUGACCGCCGAAUUUAUUCUCCGCCGAUCAGUGAAUGGGAUUAUCGCCGGUGCAGGUGGUUGCAACAAUUACAUCGAUCGUGACUUCCGCACACCACGAAGAUGAUCGAUGAUUCCUGUAGUCCGUAAAAAUUUUUAGUGCGAAAAAAAAAAAAAAAAAUUAUCGUCAAAUUUCAACUUCGUCUCCGGAAGUUCGAGAGCCAGGAGAUUUUGAUGACCGAUUCCAACGCUGGAAGGGUCCUUCUGGAGGAACGUUAUUACUCACAUAUCAACAUCGGGGAGGAGAGCUGUGACUCUGGGGCGUAACGAUCGAGGGGAUCGUUGCGCUUGACCGUCGCGCGCGAUAAUUCAGCGGAUGAUAUCGGGGAAUACAUCGUUCGAAGAAUAUAAAUAAAUCGUAUAACGAUGUCGUGCGCAAAUCGGUUCCCUGCCUCCCAACACACGAGAUAUCGCAGCAGCUGGGGACCGACAUCAACGCCGCUCUUCAACCGAGCCGAUAUCCCGAGACCAUCGGCGGAGGAGGAAGAAUUCGCCGAUAUUUACCACGAACGCCUUCAUUACGUACAAAGUCGCCAACUCAUACCUCUUCAGGAAGACCUCGCCGAUUGGAUCAACAAGACGAUCAACGUCGACCACGUAACCGGGGAAAAUUUUUUCGAUGCCUUGGACAACGGAGUCACGGUUUGUCGACUGGCUAGAGUUAUUCAGGAAAAAGCGAGGUCCGCAGUCGAUUCCGGACGAGUAAAGGGGCCAGUCCCAGUGAUCAGAGGACGAUGCUGGGACAACGCCGCGAGGCGAAGCUUCUUCUCGAGGGAUAACAUGGAAAAUUUCAUUCAGUUUUGCCGGCGUCUCGGUGUUCACGAAAACCUUCUCUUCGAGAGCGAUGACCUAGUUCUCCACGGACAACCCCGAAACGUUGUUCUCUGUCUGCUCGAAGUGGCGAGGCUGGCAUCGCGGUAUUCCUUAGAACCACCGGGACUCGUUCAACUUGAACGGGAAAUUGCCGCUGAACAAGAACGCGAUUUACACUGUCUUUCCGACAGCGGAAUCUCUCACAGCAGCCUUGUUUCGUGGCAGUUCCAAUCACCCUCUCCGGCAACUUCGCCACGACCGCCGGUCGAAACUAUAAAACACAGCAGCUCUACCUCGGAAGUUGCUGUUACCGCGGCCAGGUGGUUGGACCCAACUUCCGGACCACCGACUUCUGAUAUGCGACGAUCAGUUAGCGACAAUGGUCCCACGGGAAGCGAUGGAGUUCCCAGUGAUACUACCGAGGAUGAUUGGUCCAGAGGAAGCGCUGAGGAUCCCGACGAGGUUCCAUCCCCUUCAAUAUCACCGUCACCAACCCCCGCGGAACCACCGGAACAUUCUGGUCCGAUAACGGAACUGGAUCGCAAGGUGAGGCGAGCGGCCGAAGCGGUCCAAAGACUCUGUCAAUGUCCGUCCAGUAAAUGUUCGAAGUUAAAAGUUCGUAAAGUCGGAGAAGGCCGUUACCACAUCGCUGGUAGAAACGUUUUCAUCAGGCUCCUGAAGGGUAGACACAUGAUGGUGCGAGUUGGAGGCGGUUGGGAUACCUUGGAGCAUUUCUUGACGAGGCACGACCCUUGCCAGGUGAGGGUACUUAGUCGCGAAAGCACACCACCGCCGCACAGCAACGGCAUCACCUCAACUCCAUACCUGCACAUUCGGGCAAAAUAUCGCAGCCCGCCACCAGAAUCCCUUGCGGGUCGCUAAGCCUAUAAGCACAGUGCCUAGAAUCUAUAGAAUUUUAAGUCGCCACGGGUACCCUUCGGCUCGAUAAACUAACGAUAGAAUUUUACUUCCACCCCGUGCUUCGGAAACUUGAUCGGUUUUUUUCGUUUUUUACGCAAAAAUUCAGUAAGAUACGCGCUGUACGGUAUAGCUGCAGCUAAGGAAUAUCGAGCAUCAGGGUCGCUCCGUGAUGGCAUAAGUAUAUUUUAACAUCUCACAAUCUCUAUUCUCGUAACACUUUCUAUAUCCAUAUUAUGCAUAUAUUUAUCACGUAUACACAGUUUAUUAUCCACUGACUAAUAUUAGGGUAUCACGUUGUAAGAUUUAAGGCCCAAAUCCACUCGCAAUAAUAAUUAUAAAAAUGAUAUUCAUUGAUAUUACUAUGCUAAAAGAUAAUGGAAAAGCGAUCGAUAGCGAAGUGCAGAAAUUUAUCAAGAGCCUAAUUCGGGGGUAGGAUGUGCAAAUUUUUUGUUCACCUGCUACAUCAGCUGGUGUAUCGAUUGAUUAAUAUUUUUUUCAGACUAAUCAGUCAAUAUCUCUGACUCGUCUGGUUCUCAAAAUUAUUCAUCAUGUACGUCUUACAUGUUUAAUGAGAACCUCCGCGAGAUAGAUAAUUGUAAUUUAUUAUCACGAUCGAUUACUGUGGCUACUCUUUCCAAUUUUAAACAGUGGUUUCACAGUUAUGAAAAAUCAACAAAAAAAAUUCUACGCGAGGUUCGGUCAUCGCUAUAUUUUUCUCUCUAUCUAUAUCGUCUACGAAUAAUUAAUUCGAUAAAUGCACCGCUAUAUUUUGUAUUCUCUAUAUCCUCAUACUAUUGGCUGCUGGGCCGUUCGCACUCACGCAGCUUUAUCAUUAAUAUAACAUUGACGAAAUACAACACAUUCACGAAUAAGCAUACAUGAUCAUCGCCAAAGUUUGCACGAACAGCAUAAGUACGAGUAAACGAAAUUUCAAACGGUAUAAAGGCAAAUUAUAAUUACAUUACAUGCAAUGCUGAUCGCACCUAUUCGCACUUAUAAUGCCCAAAUUUAUAAUGUAUAAUAUGACCAAGACUGUGAAAUGAGGCAUUUAUUAAUAAAUUAUGCAUCUUAAGGCAAAUCAUGGGUUUAACUUUAAGAAAAUUGCACAUUUUAUAUAAUCAACUCGAUCAAGGUGUGCUGCAUUGUAAAUAUCAGAUACAUUCGAUUCUAUAUUUAUAAUACUCUCGUAUGGAUAUCAUACCGUCGUAUGUUAAGAAUGACAAUUGCCUCGUCCAUGUUUUGUAUUUUUAUACAGAUAAUUAGACAUAAUAAGAAAUAGUUAUAAAAGUAAUAAAAAUACGACCUACGUACGGACCGAUGCACGCCGUAACGAUGCUUUAUCAUCUUUUGAGCAUACUUUAAGACGCUGAAAUCAUCGUUAUAUGGUGUUAAUAAUUUGCAGAAAUACAAGAUCAAUUCCUGCAGCAAAGGGAUACCCAAGCAAAGAAAUUUCAGAAAAGUUAUGUCGGCACGUUAAAGGGCAGUACGUUAUCGUCCUGCAAUCGACGCUUAUCGAUAAAUAAUUACCACGCGUACAACAAUAGUUGUUAUGUAGACACGAUGUAUAAUCAUAUGAAUCAUAAUUGAGUAACUUUGAAUUGUCAAUCACAAUUAUUAUCAUCUCUAGUAUUUAAUAUCCGUCAUUAUUAUUAGUUGUUUUUUUCAUCUCGAUUCUACCGGUUAUAUAUAUGCCGAAUCUAUUUUGCCAUAAUAUUAUUUCUAAGACACUACAAUUUACGAGUAUUAUAGUUAACGGUAGUGAUUCACUCUAGAAGUAUGUAAAUACUGGAAUUGCUUAUACCGAUCCGAACGCUACGUAUGAUAUUCUCGUUUCGUGAAGAAUUGAUGUUAAUUUGUUGCUAGUGAAUGAAUUCGAAAAAGAAUAGCGAAAAAAAGGUACUGCCGUUAUUGAUUUCACGUGAAUAUAAGUUUAAGCGCUCCAUAUAAGAUGCUUACGAUUAUGUGUAUAGACUAGUUAUCAUUAUUGCUAUUAUGGUCCUAUUUGUUGUAUCAUUUUUACAUCUAUGUUAUAUAAGAAUUGUUUGAAUUAAUUCUCUGAUAAGGAAUACUAUCUGUUUAUUGUUAAUUGUUUUUGUUGAGUAAUAAACCAUUUAAUUAAA